CUCAACGCAGAGCAGCACGGGAUCUACACUGAAGUCAUGGACGCCGUCGAGGGCAAUCGCCCACUGUGCGCGUUCGUGGACGGGAAGGCAGGGAGAGGGAAGACCUUUCUCGUGAACACGAUUUGCAGCAAGCUUCGCUCUCAAGGGCACGUUGUGCUUCCCACCGCAACUUCUGCAUUUGCGGCCCAGCUGUAUGCAGGAGGAAAGACCACGCACUCGGUUUUCAAGGUGAGUCUACGUUUA